CUUGUCUGCUUGCCAUAAAUGCAUCCCACCAUUUUGGAAAACAGUCCAAGCCCUUGUCUCUUUCAUAAGUUGUAUCAAUUUCUUGAUUGCUCCCUCUGUUUGUUGUUCUUUCUUUCACUCCCUUGAUGGCUGUGUUUGGAGCCAAUCGAUCGGUUUUCAAAUGUACAUUGAUAAUUCUCUUUAGCUUCCUGUUAGCUCCUUCUGUUUUAGUUUCUGCUAAAAGAAACAUCCAACAUGAACAAGUGACAAGAUUGAGCAGAGAAGAAGCAGCAGCAGCUGAAUCCAAUUUCCUUGUCAAAGCUUCAAAUUUCUUAUGGCAGGCAGACCAAUCUCGCUAUCAACAUGUUUGGCCAGACAUGAAAUUUGAAUGGCAAGUUGUUAUUGGAACCAUAAUUGGAUUUUUUGGAGCUGCCUUUGGGAGUGUCGGUGGUGUUGGUGGCGGAGGCAUAUUUGUUCCCAUGCUAACCAUGAUUAUUGGGUUUGAUCCAAAAUCUGCAACAGCCAUAUCGAAGUGUAUGAUCAUGGGUGCUGCAGCCUCCUCCGUGUAUUAUAACCUGAAACUGAGACAUCCUACACUUGAUUUGCCCAUAGUAGACUAUGACCUGGUGCUGCUUAUUCAACCUGUGCUCCUCCUGGGCAUCAGUAUAGGAGUAACUUUAAAUGUCAUAUUCCCUGAUUGGGUGGUCACAGUUCUUCUAAUUAUUCUUCUUCUAGGAACAUCUGUCAAAGCAUACUUCAAGGGUGUUGAUACCUGGAAGAAAGAAACCACAUUGAAAGAGAAGGCUGCCGAGAGUCUAGUGCCAACAGGUGGUAAUGAGCAAGUGGAAUACAGCCAGCUUCCAGGAGGCCCAAGCAAGAGUCCUCAUAAAAAAGACACCAAGGAACGAGAGGUUACAGUUGUUCAAAACAUGUAUUGGAAGGAAUUUGGACUUCUUGUUUUUGUUUGGAUGGCAUUCCUUGCAUUGCAGAUUGCCAAGAACUAUACAGCCACUUGCUCCACAACAUACUGGCUAUUGAACCUGUCGCAGGUCCCUGUCUCCAUUGGGGUGUUUCUGUACGAGGCAGUUGGACUUUACACAGGAAGGAAAAGAAUUGCAUCCAAGGGAGACGAAGGCAUCAAUUGGAAAGCACACAAGCUGCUUGGCUUUUUCGCUUGUGGUUUGCUGGCUGGAAUAGUUGGUGGAUUGCUUGGACUCGGUGGAGGAUUUGUUAUGGGUCCACUAUUUUUGGAGCUGGGAAUCCCUCCUCAGGUGACAAGUGCCACAGCUACGUUUGGGAUGACCUUCUCAUCAUCCAUGUCUGUUGUAGAAUAUUACCUUCUAAAUCGUUUUCCUAUUCCCUAUGCUCUCUACUUCAUUGUUGUGGCCACCAUUGCAGCCUUUAUGGGGCAGCAAAUCAUAAAUAAGCUCAUCGCCAUGACUGGAAGGGCAUCUCUCAUCAUUUGUGUACUAGCCUUCACAAUAUUUGUCAGUGCACUCUCACUUGGUGGGGUUGGCAUCAGCAACAUGAUUGGGAAGAUAGAGAGGGGUGAAUCCAUGGGAUUUGAAAACCUAUGCAACUAUGAAGCAUAGUAGCUAGUUGUGGUUCCUUCUAUGGAAAAGAAAAAUGCACAAAAAAAUAUCAUUUCUUAUUUGGGGAAAUGUUGUGUUUGUAAUUGUGGUUGCAUCAUUCCAUUUCAUAGGCAAAAUGCAUAUGGGCACUCUGAACUUAUGCCUUUUAAUUUGGGUUCAUAACGGUUCCUUUUAAUAAUGUUUUUUUUAAUGAUUA